AUGGAGAAACUUCCCCCAGAGUUGCACACAAGGAUCUGUCACUACAUCAAUGCAGAACACCAUCCCAGUCUGAUCUCCCUCGCUCUCACCAGCAAGCAAUACUACGAUGCUGCGACCAAAGAACGGUUCCGCAACAUCCGGAUUACUGUCAAAGACGCCAAGUCUCUAGCAUCUGAUGUCACGGACUGUCUGCAAGUGCUGAAGGCGUCUGCUGGGCUGAAGCAUGUCCGAAACCUCAAAAUUCUUGGCACGAUGAGACUGACGUCGCCGUCAGGAGGAAAUAAUCUUCACCAACAUCAAUUAAGUAGACCUCUAAGUCUGCCAUGGCAAGAUCUAGAGGAUCCCUUUGCCGAAAACUGGAUCAAACAGGCGCAUGAUCACUCGUCGAGAUCUGAAGAUGGAGAUUGGUCGCCCCUUGCCACUUUGAUCCAGCAACUUCCCGGUCUGGUCGUCGUCGAAUUCACCUGCGAUGAUCAGCUCCCGUCAUGUAUUCUACAUGCGUUAAGAUCCCACACCAACCAACGAAUCAAGCUUCGACUGAACAGUGCCUCAACUCAUGAACUUGUUCGCCAGGACCGAGCCAUGCUGGAUUCACCGCUGCUCAAUUGCCUUACCUUGCACCGUAACGAAAAAAUCGACCUGGAGGAGACCCUCUCUGGUAGCCUACUGAAGGAAAUCCCCCCAAAACUGAAAGAAAUUCGUGUCAUUUAUGACCAUAUGAGCCGCGAGGCCUUCUCUCCUCGCUGUUCGCCAUGGUUUGAACCAGGAAGUCCACGAGUGAAUGGUACUCUAGAGAUCCUACGCAUUCACUCACCAAAUCGAGCCACACCAAAUCGAGCCUCGGGCUUUGACCUGCUUAGACCGUGGUUUGCUUGGACCGAUCAUUCACUUCUGAAGGUACUGGAUCUGAGAUGUUAUUUCAACAACGCCGAGCUAGCGAUGCUUAUGACGGUCAAAAAUUCAUUCAGUGCACUCACUGAUCUCUACAUUAAGCAUGAAAUAUGCACACCUGAUCAAGCUCGCUCUGACCCGGAUUGGAAUCGUCAGGAAAUAUUUCUUCUGUCUCCCAAGUUACCGCCACUCCAAGGACUGAAUAUCUGCGGCAUCCCGCAGUGUUUCUUUCUGCUUUUGGACCAUCAUGGCCCUGCAUUACGCCGACUUCACUUCAGGCCCGUAAAAGAUAGAUACCGUGUCGAGGAGGAUGCAUUCAAUCUGAAGAAGAUUGAGCUCAUAAGGAACCUGUGCCCAAAUUUGCRACAUCUCAGCUUCCACCUACGCCGGACGGAAAGAGAUGCCCAGGAAAUCGCAAUGUGUCAGCUCCUCGGCUCGAUGAAAAAUCUGAUCAGCGUUGGUCUAAUCUUCGACAUAUCAUCUGUGCCGGAUGACAAUGGCUAUGUUAGACAGCCAAGUCCUUCCUCCCUCCAUCCAAGCGAAGUUGUGUUCAAUGCUGAGAAGUGUGAGAAGUUCCGGAACAGCGUUCUCGACGUGGACCUCGCAUGCUCCAUUUUUCGCACCAUCACGUCUUCGAAAGCGCCUGAAUCCGCUCCAUUACAAAUGUUGAAGAUAAAACUUAGUAGCGGUGGGAGAUUUGGUGAGAUAUUUUCAUUGACGGGGAUCGAUCAUACUUUUGAUGAUAUGGUACACUAUUGGAUGAUCACGCGCAGUCCCCGGGACGACCAGCCGGGCUUUUUGAUUGCGUCGGAGGUGAACCCUCGUCACAAGUCUGACGAAUAG